AUGAGAAGGAAUUGUUUGUGGACAUGUGAGUGCUAUAGAUUGCCUAAUAGUAAGCAUAAGAAGGUGGAGGAGAGUUUAGUGAUUGAUGCUCAGAUUGUUGAGGAGGAUGCAUGUGUUGUGAAGAGGAAGAGUAAGAAAGUUCAAUGUGCAGUGAACAUAUAUGCAAAUGUUAACGAACGUAGUGAAUGGGUUAUUCAGAGGGCUAAUCUUGAGCAUGGUGGACACACCCCCACUCCAGGCAAGGCUAAAAAUAUUAGUAGGUUGAGGAAAAAGUUUCCGGUCGAGAAUCCUCAUAUUGUCAGGCAGCUCUUCAAUGAUAGGAGGUUCGGGGUUCCUGUGAAACAAAUCUAUAGCUUUAUGGCCAGGGAGCGAAAUGGGUUGGAGAGCAUGCCAUUUGCUCAGAAGGAUCUUCAUGAUGAAGUGGAAAAGCAGAAGAAAAAAAUAUUUGAUGAAGGUGAUGCUAAAGCAAUGUUUUCAUAUUUCCAGACAAUGGUUGAAGAAAACUCAAAUUUUUUCUACACGUAUCGAGUAGACGAAGAGGGUAGGUUGAAGGAUGUACUUUGGGUAGAUGCAAGGAGUCGGAUGGCCUAUGAGGAGUUCCCAAUGUAG